UCUACUUUAUCGGGACACCGCCUACAGGUGCCCCUUUAAGUCACGUGACAUCCACGAAAAAUUCGCCAUUUUUGUUGUGGUUCGCCAGAAAACAAUAACCUGAGCAUGAUACGCUGACAGGAACGAGGGAUCAUGAAAUCUGACAUUCACUGAGAGUAUACAUGUAUAUCCUGAGCAUAAUUACUUCAGUGAGAGUACAUAGCUCAGUGGAUGCAGGAUGACCGAGGAAAGCAGUCGGCACCAUUUAUAACAGUAUUACAUUAUUUGAAGAAGAAAAUUAAAUGCCAUGGCCUCCAGCUCUGAAGAUAUUUCUGGGGCCUCUGCCACACAAACAGCUGUGACAGAGGAUGAGCAAAAAGACAAAAAGAAGAAAUUUCGUCCCCUGGAAAAAAUGAGAAAAUUCUUCAAAAGCUCCAAAAAGUCAUCAAAAACUAAGGACUCGGAUAAAGCCAAAUCUACAGGAGCUCUACACAAGGAGGCAGAGCAGAGUGAGGACGAUGAUGACGGAGGGUUUGCUCGGCUACCAAUGGGAGGAACUCGCAGUAUUUCAGAGGACAGUGUCUUCAAACCUGAGCAAAAGGAAGGGGGCCUGGAUCCCUUGAGACAAACAGCAAUAUCCAUGGAGCAAGUCAAUCAACAGUUCAAGAGCGAGUUGUUCAGUAAGCUUAAGCGGAGAACCCUGAGUCACUCAGACGAGGAUGACGGCCUUCCACAGAGUCCAGCGCCACAUGUCACCACAGCUGACCUUAUUCUGGGUGGUGGUCUCAAGUCCACCUCCACGGGGAAAUCUACAAGUCGUGAAAGUGACAAGAGUCUACUCAGCGUGGACGGGUCCGAAAAUGAAGAGGAGGAUUUGUUUGCAUCAGACUGGAAAUCUUCUGUAGCAUCAGUGAAAAGUCCUGACGACAAUUCCACUUCAAAAGAACCCAGCAGUAUGGAUUUUGAUUUUGCCGCCGUCAAAAGAGAUACGCAAACUUUAACAAGUGACGCAGCUAAACACAGGAUUUCUGUGAAACCCAAGUCUCGGAAGAGUUCUAUGGUACAGUCUCGGAGGGUGGCAGAUAGAGCUACAGUACCUCACCUCCCCAGAGUUACGGAGGAGCCUACAAAACAAUCUGAAGACUCUAUUCCCCCUCAGGACCACAGGACCAGUAUAAAAGUCACUGCUCAACCAAUAGUAGACGAAUUGCCUAAAGACACUAAAGUUGAGUCCACUACAGCAACAGGGAGAGAGAGGAAGUCCUCUGUGGGAAAGAGUGAGCCCCAAAAGUCUGUGGAUAAAGAUAAUGGUAACAAGGAGAAAUCCCAGUUGUUCACUAGAAACAUUUCUGUGAAGGAUAAAGACUCUGAAAAAAUAGCAGAGAGAAAGAGUGACCCUGUGUUAAAUGUGGAAGAAGUCAAAACUGUGAAACCGAGACCGAAGAGUCUCGUGGAUGUAGAGCCGGUCGAGAGUAGGGGAGAGGCUAAUGAGUUGUCCAAGGCAUUCAAGAGAAUGUCCCUUAGGAGGGAGGUUGUUUCCCCUGUGGAGACCUUUGGUAAGACAGCAGUGGAGCCAGUAAAAGAGGUGAAAGAGAUCAAUGUUAGUGGUGCUGCAACUUCUGAGCCAAAAACAGCCAAGGUGCCAGUUAAAACAGAACAGCAGACAACGAAAGCAGUAGAGACAAAAUCUCCGACAUCACCAACAUCAAAGAAUGUGCCUACAACAGGAAAGACAACUUAUGUCCUGAAGAAAGAACCCUUAAGAGCCUCGUCAUCUACGUCAAGAACAUCUGACUAUGAAAAUUUACAGAAUGUGAAAUUUAAUAAAAUUGAAACAUCUCCAUCCUCAGAUUAUGAGAACUUCCCGCUAGGGGGACUGAAAUCUGAGAAGUCUGAGUUGUCUUCUCCUGAGCCCGACUAUGACAAUUUACCUCCUACAGCCUACCUUGUUUCGCCAACUGCAGAGAAAAUCUUGCCAAAGGAAGUCGACAGUGCUUCCAAACCGAAAACCUCCAGCAUGCCUCAAAAGCUGUCUUCUCCUCGGGAGGAAUACAAAUUGAAGAGACAGCCAAGAAGUAGAACAUUGCCAGAACAGCCAGUUUCUAGAGAGAUUUUAGAUUCUAAAUCAACGGGAGCUCCAAAGGAAAUUAUGGAUUCUAAGGCUUUUAAUGUCGGUGAUACUUCAGUUACUCCUAGUAAGAGAACUCCUAGUAAAACAAACUCUUUCAAAGAGAACAAUAACAGUGUACUAAAUAGAUUCUCUGGAAGCUUAAAUUCUUCACUCUCGGAAAAAACUGCUGAAAACAAGAUUGAUAUUGAAUCCACUGCCAAAAAAGUAGAACCACAACGCACGUCUUUAAAAGCUGGAUCUGGUGUGUCUACGACUCCUAGCUGGGUGAAAUCACAACCGAGCGAGGAGGUAAAUAAACACACUGGUAGUGAACAAACAACACCGAGUGUGGUUAAGUCUGAUUCCCAAGACAAGCCGAAGUUUGGACAGCUGAGACCUGUGAGUACCAACAAGCCUAAAGAAAAAGAAACACCAGAACCAAGCACGAAAAAACCUACUCAAGAGAUGAAGAAAGAGCCGGAUCUUUCACAGAAACCUCCACUGGCAACCAAACCUGCAGAAUUAAGAUCUUCCACUCUGGACAGGAAGGCUGUGUUUGAGAAUUCUUCCUCCUCAACGCCAUCUCCCACUGUUCCCGCAUGGAAAGCAAACUUGCCACCAAAGCGAGGGUCCGUUAUUAAGGAUAAAGAAGUCAAGAUAGAGAUUAUUGAGAAAGACAAGAUACCUGCAAAGGUAGAGGAACAGAAGAAGACUCCAUCCGUGCAGUUGAGAGGAAAACCUCCUUGUGCAGAGGAGUCAAAAGCGGGCCGAAAGUCUGGCAAUGUCUUGGAUAUGGUGAAGAACUUUCAGAGCAUGCAGGCCACGUAGAAAAGCAGAACAGUUAGAAAUCUGCGUCCUGUUCACUUAGUGCCAACUCUACAGCAAGAGACCAAGCAUUUAGUGGGUUGAUAUGUGCCUUGUGUAGACAGAUUGCAAUGACACAACAAGCUAAAUUGUGAAUCGACUCAAAAAAGUUUUACAUUUGCUUUGUACAGAAAAAUAUGUUUAUUAGCUAAGGGUUAGCUAUUUUUUUUAGAGCAAGAGAAAGAGGGUGAGAAUGCAAAAAGCUAAUCAAAAGAGUUGCUUGCUGGAAGGUUUUUAACAACAGCUAGGGCAAUUUCCCCCCCCCCCC